UUAUUACACCUCUUCUUUGAUCAGUGCUUGCCUCAUACGCAUUCAAAACGCGUUUACUUUAAGUUAAUCCUAUCGACGCAAAGUGGUAAUUAAAUUAUUUUAGUGUUAAAUAUUUGCUUGAACGCGUCCACAAAGUUUCAAUGAAAACUCCCUUUGAUCGUGCCCGGUGACAGCUCUCUCCGAGCAGGAACCAGCCUCAGUUGUUUUCCUCCUCUCUGCCCAGCACACUCUGGAGGAAUGGUAGCCGGUUAGCUGUUCAGGCAGGAGCUUUUGGAUUAACUUGUCAACGUUACUUGGCAUUCGGCGUUUCUGUUUUAAUAAUGAAUUUACUACCGUCUAAUCCUCACGGGAACGGGCUCCUUUAUGCUGGAUUUAACCAGGAUCACGGAUGCUUCGCCUGUGGAAUGGAGAAUGGAUUCCGUGUCUACAACACAGAUCCUCUUAAGGAGAAGGAGAAACAAGAGUUCCUGGAGGGUGGGGUUGGCCACGUGGAGAUGCUGUUUAGGUGUAACUAUUUGGCACUAGUGGGCGGAGGAAAGAAACCCAAGUACCCAACUAACAAAGUGAUGAUCUGGGAUGACCUAAAGAAGAAGACAGUUAUUGAGAUCGAGUUCUCAACAGAAGUCAAAGCAGUGAAGCUUCGACGUGACAGAAUUGUGGUGGUCCUGGACUCAAUGAUCAAAGUCUUCACCUUUACCCACAACCCCCAUCAGCUGCAUGUGUUUGAGACCUGCUACAACCCCAAAGGUCUGUGCGUGCUGUGUCCCAACAGCAACAACUCUCUGUUGGCAUUCCCCGGGACUCACUCGGGCCAUGUGCAGAUAGUGGACCUGGCCAACACAGAGAAGCCUCCGGUUGAUAUCCCCGCCCAUGAGGGGGCGCUGUGCUGCAUCGCUCUGAACCUUCAGGGCACGAGAAUAGCUACGGCGUCGGAGAAAGGGACUCUCAUUAGAAUUUUCGACACAUCUGCGGGUCAGCUCAUACAGGAGCUGAGACGAGGCUCUCAGACGGCUAACAUUUACUGCAUUAAUUUCAACCAGGACGCGUCCCUCAUCUGCGUGUCCAGUGAUCACGGCACAGUGCACAUCUUCGCUGCAGAGGACCCCAAAAGAAACAAACAGUCGAGUUUGGCAUCGGCCAGCUUUCUUCCCAAAUACUUCAGCUCCAAGUGGAGCUUCUCCAAGUUCCAGGUCCCCUCAGGCUCUCCCUGUGUGUGCGCCUUUGGAACGGAGCCUAACGCCGUCAUAGCCAUUUGUGCUGACGGCAGCUACUACAAGUUCCUGUUUAACCAGAAAGGGGAGUGUUCCAGAGACGUGUACGCCCAGUUCCUGGAGAUGACCGACGAGAAAAUAUGACCUUUGACCCCCCUCUGGAAACUCGCUACUACACAGCCUGUUUUCUUCUUUCCUUUCUUUCCUUUUUUAUGUUGGAGGAGGCAGGAGAAGUCCCUCGUCGCACUUCUUAUCUUGACAGACUCUGUUGAAAAGAGCAUCAGGUGAAGGGAGGACAAAGAAAGAGAAGCACAGACUCGCAGCAAACACAAACACAUGGCAGCACCAACAGGGAUGCAGACUUUUGUCUCUCGUGGUCUCCUGAGGAUUGUCCCCGGACAGAGGGACACAGAUGCCGACUUGACUCCCAAACCAAACACUAGACAAAAGAGGGAAAGUUCUUAUUUUUCUUUGAACGGACAACAUUCCGCUUUUUAAGACGUCUUCCGAGGAAUUUACACAGAAUGGCUAUUUUUACUGGCAUAGAUGCUUCUGAUAGUUAGACGGAUUGAAAAUAUUGAGAUUUUUGUCAACUAACACCACCUAACCUAACUAUAGGGCGUGCCUCGAGACUGGAGAGAAUCUGUAUGUGUGCACAUAUUACUGUUGUCAUAUAUACAUAAGUGUGUUUGUGUAUAUACCAGUGUACCAUAUUAGGUGUUCACAAAGCAGAAUCAGAAAGAAGCAAAUCUAUUUUUCCCACAUCUGUCUUCACAGUAACAUCUGGAACAGACUCUGAUCCUGCAUUGUGAAGCGUCACCUUUAGUAUUACUAGAUUUUCUUCUAUUCACUGUAUAAACAGCGCGCCAGACUGAACUAACUACAUAGAACUGUACAGAAUAGUAGCAGAAUAUUUUUGUUUGUUUCACUUCCUUUUUUUCCCCAUACAUUGUGCAAUAUGUUUUUUGUUAAGACCUUGCGAACAUUGAGUGUUUGUUGUUUCUACCUGACUGAGGAAGCUUAAAGAAAUAGUUUGUUUGGGAAAUACGUUUAUUUGCUUUCUUGUAGAGAGUUAGACAAAAAGACUGAUACCACUCUCAUGUUUGUAUGCUAAAUAUGAGCUAGCAGUAGCUUAGCAUUAUUACUGGAAACAGCUAGCCUGGCUAGGUAACAAAAUUCAUCAGUCAGUUCCUCUAAAGCUUUGGUCGAUUUAUUUUUGUAGCUGGCAACAGUGACUGCUGAAGGUUUGAUAUGAUGUGUUAAUUGGUUGGAGCCAGGUUAACAUCUCACCCCGUGUUUCCAGUCUUUAUGCUAUGCUAUGCUAAGCUAACCAGCUGCUCAGCCUCAGCUUCAUAUUUAUUUACAGAGUGGUGUCCAUCUUCUCAUCUAGAAAGCAAUGAAGUGUAGUUCCCAAAACUGUUUCUUUCAGAGUUUUGGAGAGUUGGUUUUUUAACAGGAAAGCUCGAGAGCCAAACACACACGGCUUCCAUCUUUAAUCACAAAAAUCGAAUUUGGAUGAUUUUUUCUUCUUUUUAAAGAUAGUGUGAACACGGUUCAAGGCUGCACUUCACAUUAAAUGUGAAUACAUCGUCAGCCCAGUACAAUUGAACAAGAAUUCUUCUCAAAGGUGAUUGGUUGCGCCACAUUCUUUUCGUCAGCCAGUGUAGCUCUCCAGUCACGGCUGCCUAGUACCUUUUUGUCUAAAUCCUGACAACACUCGUAACUUUGAGUGUCGCUUUAUGUCUCAUACAUCUUCGUAAACUGCUUCACCCCUAACAGCAUCGAUCCAUUCAGCUAAUGCAAAUCAGGGACUCUGAAGUGCUUUGUUGAAGCCUGUGGCCAAUAAACAGAAGACGUGUUCAGCGUGGAUCCACCACAGUGGAACAUGUGGAUAAGCAGAAUUAUAUUAUUGUAAAAUUAAAUAUUACUGUGUUUUUCAUUUGUCAUGUUAAUCGACAGCAGUUUGUUGAUUCAGUAGAAAAGCAUUUCAUUUCCGUUGCUUUCUGCAUCCGAUUGUACAUUCGCAGGUGUCACUGUUGAACAUAAACACAGCACAUGGUGGUCACUGACCACCGUAGGGACACUGCACAAACUGAAAAAGCCAACUUGUUUCUGAGACACUCAGAAUGAUUGUAAAACCUGCAUUUAAAUUUGUGAAUAAAAAUGUAACAUCUGCUUUUACAGUUAAA